CUGUACGCGCAUUCCCGAAGACGUACGCCGCUAUCUUUCAUGGCAACAGCUUGCGGAGCGGCAACCUUCUCUACUAUAAACACCCUCAGCGCGAGAUUAACCGGCAUUUCGUCCUCGUAUUGCGUAACUCCUCUUUACCGGGUGCCGUUUAGUUAUAUUUAAUUCAAAAGUGUGUAUUUGUGAAGGUAAACACAGGGUAUGGUUCAUAAUAAAGCGAAGGAUUCACGUCCUUUCUGCUAGGCAGCAGGUUUAUUAAAGAGCCUUGCAGGGGGCAGUGGGUUGAUCUGCUGGGCGUGAAUGUGAAUGACAGAAGGAAGAAAGGAGAUCGUGUCGUUUGCUUUGUGCCUCUUGUGUGUGAAUAAUGUACAGUGAUGGUGCCUUCUCAGACCCACGUGAUGCUCAAGUGGCAGGAGCACCUGAACAGCUCCUGGGCGGCGGAGGACAGCGUUCAGACCGCUACACGGCAUGGAGCGGCUGCUCUCUAUGCUAAACUGGUCUACAACAAGGAGGUUGUGGGCUUGGCUCAGCCAGUGCAGGACCUGAUGGGUCCACGAUUGCCCGACUUCCAGUAUGAAUCCAGCGCUGAGGAGGAGAAGGAGGAAUAUCUGUCUGCACUGCUCCACAGUCAGCGAUGCCUGGCCCACCGCAUGCUGGCGAGGACGCCCUUUGCUCUAUCCCUGCACCACAGACUGGUGAUCCUCCAGAGGGUGUUCUACGCCCUCCAUAGCAAGUAUCACGACCGUUUCCGAGCACCGCUGCCUCCCCAACCUUCAUCCUCCAGUGCAGAAGGGGGCGCUCUGGAGUCAGUAUCUGAGCCUUGGCAAACAGGCAGUUCCCGUUCAAAGUCGGGCACAGAUGUUCUCAUUGAAAUGGGAGUCCGGACUGGGUUGAGUCUCCUUUUUGCCCUACUGAGGCAGAGUUGGCAGAGGGGGUGUCUUGAGAACCCACCGGACGUUGCUCUGUGCAACGAGGUACUGGCCACCGCGUCUUCAGUCCUGGCCGCCCUGCCUCCUCUUUCCUUGGCCAACGAGAACAAGAUCCCAACCGUGGGGCUUGACUGUCUUACGCAAGUUGGAGACUUCCUAAAGAAGACGGCAGUCAGCGGGUCCGGGGCGGAUCAGGCGGGUCGCAAGCUAUCCCUGGAGCUCCUUCUCUCGUUAGCUUUACAAAGAGGAUCCUUGCGCUUCCUUCUGGAGUGGGUGGAGGUGGCGUUGGCUGCCUCCGCUUCCUCUGCCACGACUGAAACAGUUGGAGUGGGCUACGACCUGAUCCAUCAAACCCUGCAACAGAUGCGCCAGCACACGGCUGUUCGUGGUGAAUCCAUCAAUACUCAGGUGCUGAAGAAAGAUGCAGAUGGACUCUGUAGCCUCUCGCAUGUUGCUCUUUGCCUCUUUGAAGAGAUCUGCUCCCUGGCAUCUAACUGUCUGUGCUCAUGCAGUGCGGGCUCUUCCUCUUCCUCCGGCUCCGAGAUUGAUGCCGUCAUGGUGUACGUAUGGGGCAGCAACAGCAGCCAUCAACUCGCUGAGGGAACGCUGGAGAAGAUUUUACAGCCCAAACUAGCUCAGGGCUUCAGCGAUGCGCAAAUGAUUGAGGCGGGCCAGUACUGCACGUUCUCUGUAUCUGCUGAUGGUGCAGUGAAGGCUUGUGGGAAGGGUAGUUAUGGUCGUUUGGGACUGGGAGACUCUAAUAACCAGUCCAUGCCCAAAAAGCUGGUUCUGGAACCGCCUCGCACCAUGAGGAAGGUGUCGUCUUCCAAGGGAUCAGAUGGACACACGCUGGCCGUCACAGCGGAGGGAGAGGUGUUCAGCUGGGGAGACGGAGAUUACGGCAAACUGGGCCAUGGGAACAGUGCCACACAGAAAUACCCCAAGAUUAUACAAGGCCCUCUUUUAGGAAAGGUGGUGGUGUGUGUGUCUGCUGGAUACAGACACAGCGCUGCAGUGACUAAUGACGGAGAGCUGUACACCUGGGGGGAAGGUGACUUCGGUCGACUCGGUCACAGCGACAGUCACAGCCGUAACAUGCCCACUCUGGUGAAGGACAUCAGUGGGGUCGGGCAAGUAGCCUGUGGCAGCUCUCAUACCAUCGCUGUGGCUCAAGAUGGACGAAUCGUCUGGUCCUUUGGAGGAGGAGACAACGGUAAACUGGGACAUGGGGACACAAACCGUGUGUACAGGCCUAAAGUGAUUGAAGCCCUGCAUGGCUUCAUUAUCAGAAAAGUCUGUGCUGGGAGCCAGUCGUCAUUGGCUUUGACAUCUGCUGGCCAGGUGUUUGCAUGGGGCUGUGGCUCGUGUCUCGGCUGCGGCUCGUCUGAGACCACCUCACUCAGACCACGAUUAAUAGAGGAGCUCAGUAUUACUAAAAUCAUAGACAUUUCCUGUGGAGACAGCCAUUGUCUCGCUCUGUCUCACGAAAAUGAGGUAUUUGCUUGGGGCAACAAUGCCAUGGGGCAGUGCGGGCAGGGUCAUACAUCAACGCCAGUCACCAAACCCAAGAAAGUGAUUGGUUUAGAAGGGGUUUCAAUACAGCAGAUUACUGCAGGCACGUCCCACAGCCUGGCCUGGACAGCGGUUCCUACUGACAGGCAACUGGUGGCUUGGCACAGGCCAUUUUGUGUGGAUCUCGAGGAGAGCACGUUUACAUACCUGCGCAGUUUCCUGGAGCGUUACUGUGAUGGUAUCAGUGGGGACACACCACCUGCACCUUUCCCCUCUAAGAGGGAACAUCACCAGUUUGUGCUGUUGUGUAUGAAACUGUUGUCCAUCCACCUGUCGCUGGCCCACGCAGGGGGAACGGGGGCCACAGUGCUGGGCGCUCAGGGUCGGCCCCUCAGGAACCUGCUCUUCAGACUCAUUGACUCUAACGUACCAGACUCCAUACAACAGGCGGUAAUGAGCACGCUGUCCAUCGGAGCAUCUCUGUUGCUGCCUCCUCUCAGGGAGAGAACGGAGCUGCUGCACUCGCUGUUACCACAAGGUCCAGAGAGCUGGGAAAGCCUCUCUAAAGGACAGCGUCUACAGCUGGACAUGGUGCUAAACAGCCUGCAGGAACAGAGUCAUGUGGCAUCCCUGCUGGGAUACAGCUCACCUGGGGAGUUGAGUGCAGGACUGGCACUGCCGCCCACCCCUGACCGCCCCACAGGAAGUGUCAGCUCAGGCUCAGAACCUCCAGACCAACUCCACCUGGCUGAAGUGCUCCUGAAGACCUUGCUGCUCAGCAUUGGAUUCUAUACGGAACGUGCGUUUGGUGAACUGGAGAAGAACAGUGAUAAACAGAGGUUCAGUCAGUCCCAGAAACAGACGGAGGCUCCAUCACACUUCCACCACCUGCUGUCAGCCCUUCACAGACACCUGCUGGCCCACUGCUACAUCCACAUAGGCGAUGAGGAUGACAGUAGCGUACUGCUGCUACAUAAGCACCUGUGCCUGCUGCUGCCUUACGCAGCCGAGACCUUCAGGAGAUCCACCAUUCUUCUGGAGGAGAGCACACUGGACAAACACGUCAUCAAGAAACUACACACUGUGCUGUUUGUUUCGGUGGCGGGCAGUCUCCUGUGUCAGGUGAUGUACUCUCUGCUCCUGCUGCCAUUGGCUGUGGUCAGACCCCUCCUUCCUCACCUGCUCACUCUGCUUGAACAUCUCAACGAACUCAACUGUUACCUGCCCAACACUGCGCACCUGGAGGACAUGGAGCUGGAAGGAACCUCACAGGAAGCGUCUGAAACCUCUGAGCCAAUCACAGCGUCAGAUUCAGAAGACUGGGCAUGGCUACUAGACCUGGAGAGGUCUGUAGCUCUUGCCAUUGGCCGAUGCCUGGGAGGUAUGCUUCAGGGCCUGCCCCCUUCCAUCCAGGAGAAGACAGCAGAGUUCUGGCUGUGUAACCCACUCCUGAGAAAUGGGCUGGAGAUAGACUUUGAACAACUGGACUGGGCAAUGGGUUGGCUGACUGAGGCCGUGUUCAUGGGUUGCGGAGACGUGAGACUAGCUGAGCUGCGGCUGUCGGAAGAUAACACAACGCUAGUGGAACUCGCUCUUGGCUCUCCACGAGAACCUGCCAGCGCCCUCUGGAGGAAAAUGAAGGAGUUUGCGGCGAGUCGAGACUGGGAUAAUAGUGGAUCAGUGGGAGACUCUGUGUUAGAGACGGUGUGUCGCUGUAGUUUGGCCGCUCUACUCAAACAUGCCGGCCUUCAUGAAGCCUACUGGCAGGAUAAAUAUGAGCCCUGUGAGGUGCUGAUUGAAAUAUAUCAGGUGGUGUAUAAAAUCCGUAGCACUCUGCUGUCCUAUAAAGAGAGCAUAGGAAACACAACCAGCGUCCAAACAGCAACUACCACCAAAGAGGCUUCAUUGUGCUCUCAGAGCCCCAGUGAGGAGAGGCAGGAAGCGGGCAGCUCAGGAGAUCAGACAGGAAGAGACACAGAUCCCAGCAGCCAGACACCACACACUGCUGAACACAACCAGGACGAUCCCUUAGAGGAGGAAACACCCAGCAUCAGCAGUAUGUACCUGCCGGAGGUGCUGCAAUGUUUCCUGGCCACCCGUGAGGCCAUGCAGCUUCAACAGAACGAGACUGUGUAUGAGUCGUCUCACAACAACACAUCCCCAGCACCAACAACACUCCCACGGACACAAAACAAGCACCCCCCACCGACCCUCCCACCAACAAACAAAACCACCACUGACCAGGGCCUGUCCUUCCCAGCAGCCUGCCACCUGCUGGUUUCACGCUGCCUCUUCCUGUUGCUGGGGGUCCGAGCUGCUUGGCAGGAGGAGAGUGUGUUGUCACAGACACCCAAUGAGAGCAGCUUGGCCAGAUCUCCACUCUACAAUGAAGCAUUAGGAACAAAGAUGGAGAUACAGUCCUCUUCUGAGAGAAUUCACAGAGAGAGACACCAGAUCAGUCUAAAAGCUCCUCAGGGACAUUCAAGAAUAAAAUUGCCAUUCCUCCCUCUCCUUUCUUUGGGCAUCAUGAAAGAUGCCUGGGAGCGUCUGCGGCAGUGCAUCAGUCCCACUACCGUGCUGUGCCCAGGCGGAAGUGGCACACCCGUCCUAGGCCAGGUCUUCCAUUUCCUCUGUGGGAGCCUCCUUCGAACAUCUUCUCUGAUGGACAAAGAUGGAGGUGCACUUGUGGAUCCCAAAGCCAUCACCGUAGCCAUGGCACAGCAACACCAAAGAGCUCAGGUGCGUCUGGAGGCCUUGUGUCAGAUUUCCUCCUUUCUGUCAGAGAUGGAGGAAAAGAAUGUCAGCUCACUGGCGCCUCCUCGUUUUCCAGGCCUCCUGCAGUCAGUGCAGCUGCAGUUCCUCUCUGGCUGCUUUGGUCUGGGUGCCCCGAUCACCGGCAGUCAAGCGGCACCCAACAACAAGAUUCACCAUUACACUGCUGGGACUCAGUCUGCUCCUAUCAGUGUUCAGAGGGAGUUACAGUCUGCAGCUCACACACUGUACCAGCAACUGGUGCGUGUGCUCAGACAGAAGGUGGCAUUAGAGAGAGAACAGUCUGGCUCUUAUCAGCACCUGCUGUUAGCUACAGUCUUCACUCUGAACUUCCACUAUCAGCCGGUGGAUCUCGUGGUGAUUAUUAAAUGUGGCGUCCUGGAGAUCUUGUCCACACUGACUGAUAACACCUGUGUGCUGGUGAACCAGCGCUGGCUGGCCGCCUCCAUGUCCGGUCACAUGCAGCUCGGUGGGGCGGUGAAGCUGGCCGCUGCCAGACUCCUGCAGAUAUUUGCCAUAGCGGCCAGUUCCUGUGAAGAAGCCUUGCCAUUGGAAGUGUCCCAGGCUCUCAUGGAUGUAAUGAGUGAGCAGCUGCAGGGAUUGUUACAUGCAGUCCACCAGCAGGAGGUGCUAGAGAGGGAUUCCACAGAGAACAUCCAGGAAGAAACAUCCAAACAAGAAAGUGCAGAUGCAGUUCGUAGCAGCAGGCUUGUGGAGUCCCAGCUCGCUGACUUUCUAGUCUUCCUAAGACGCAUUUUGUCACUAAGGGUCGCCAAAAGAGUCUCUGCAUCUGUCAAGUGGAUUGAUCCACUGAUGACAAUUAUAUCAUACAAAUGCAGCUCUGGAAAUCCACGCUUUCACAACCUGCGGACGAAGCUGCUGGCCUUCCAUAUCCUGGAAGCUCUUCUUCCUGCCUGUUCAGACCCUGUUGUCAUGAAACAAAUUGUCGAUCAAUUAUUUAGCCUUUUGUCCACAUACAUGUGGGAAGAUCUGGCCCUGAGGAAAAACUUAGAAAAAGAGAGAACUUCUGAGAACUCAAAUAGGGACAGUGGAAGUGAAGAUGAAUGUAUUCCUAUUGGUGAUUUCUCUUUUGACCCACAUAAACUGAUCUGUUGUUCUCUGGAGAGCGGGAAUGUACUCUCUCAUGGAUCGGGAGGAAAAGGGUAUGGUUUGGCAACCACCGCCAUCACAUCUGGAUGCUUCAUCUGGAAGUUUUAUAUUACUAAGGAGAACAGGGGAAAUGAAGGGACAUGUAUUGGAGUGUCCCGGUGGCCCAUCCGGGACUACAACCAUCGCACCACCACAGACAUGUGGCUGUACCGGGCCUAUAGCGGUAGCCUGUAUCAUGGAGGAGAGCUGGGCCGAGCUCUGCCCUCCUUCACCCAGGGCGACACCAUCACCUGCAUCCUAGAUAUGGAGGCCAGAACAAUUUCCUUUGCCAAAAACAACAGGGAGCCCAAACUAGCGUUUGAAGGAGUGGAUGCCACAGAGCUCUACCCAUGUGUUCUUUUCUACAGCAGCAACCCAGGAGAAAAGGUGACGCUGUGUGACCUGCAGAUGCGUGGCAUGCCUAGUGAUCUUCUCCCAGGGGAGCCCUUGUGCAGCCCGAGGGCCACGGUUCUGCUGGAGUCCACCAUUCAGCUGCUGAGACGACUGUACAUGAACGAUGACUGGGUUCAACAUAUCAACCAGCACAUGCUGAACAGGCUACAGCUCAUCAACCCUCUCAUGAGGGAGGGACAAGGCAAGAUAGCAGGUCAUGCUAGUAAGGAGUUCGAUGAGAAAUGUGGGGUGAACAGAGAGAGGGGCUCUGCUUGGGUAGAUGUCGGGACGUCGACAGACCACCUCUCUGGCCCAGCCGGGCUCUCUGACGCCCAGCUCAGUAUGCUGUGCACUGAAGUCUGGCCUGUCAUGGCCCUCAUCGGAGGGGUGGACAGCGGCCUCCGUGCUGGAGGGACCUGCCUGCACAAACCCAGUGGUCGACGGGCGACUCUGCUCGGGGUCUUGAAAGAGGGAAGCCCCCUGGCUAAGCUUCAGUGGGAGGAGACAGAUUUUACUGUGAGCUUCCUGAAUUCUUGGUCACCCAGCGACACGCCUCUCUCCUCCCUGGAGCCGUGCGAUGUCCCCCAGCUGGACCUGUCCCGCUGCCAUGGCAUCAAGCCGUCCGUGUUGUUCGACCUCAUCCUGAUGACCGGCAUCUUGGAAGAGCAGGAGCCUCCAUCAGGAUCAUCCGAAACAUCUGGAUUGCCACGGAACCGAAUCAGCUCUGAGGGCGGCCCGCGUAACGAGCUGGAGAGACGUUUGGAUGAGGACAUUGCUCGUAUUAUGAUGGACGAAGAGGGAAUGAGCUGUCCAAUGGAUGCGGAGAGAAAUAAAGAGGAAGUGAGGAGAGAUGAGAACCAAGAAGACAUGUUCAGAUCCCUCAUACAGUCAAAUGAGGAGCGUGCUGGCCCCCCCUGUCCACCAAUACUCGCACCACAACCCAGGGUGGACUUUUUUGCUUUGGAACUACGCGCAGUCCGCAUUUCCUACCUCCUCUUGGGGGCGCUAAAAUCUCUGACUGUCAUUCUGAGCUGCGGGAAGUUUACUGAUCUUCUCCUGGUUCCCAAAUCAGAUGCAGAGGUCAAUGUAAGUAGCCCCGACCCAGCGAGGACCUCUGCUGGAGGGGAGGAGAAUGCUGAGCUACGCUCUGUGCUGCAAUUUGUGGUGCGGAGCAUGGUGAAGUGGGCCGUCAGACCCUGUCCGAUCAAACAGGCCAUGGCUUUAUCAGACCUCGAGAGGGCCCAGAUCAUCAUCUUUAAAGGAGUGAUGAGCAGACUGCAUGAGGAUGGAAGCAAAGAAUGUAAAGAUUCAGGAGGGCACUCGUCCUCACAGCCCGUGUCCAAAUCCUCCAGUUCAGUGUCGCUUUACAGUAACGGCUCUGAAGGCACCGCCAUCUUCGGCCAAUCAGCUUCACCCUCCACCAAUGACCUCACAGCCUCGCUCCUCACCGCCCUGCAGGCUGACGGCCUGGAGAACUUUAACCCUUUUCUGCCCAUCAACCUGCUACAGCGGAUGGUGCUGGCGCGUUUUCCCACAUUGGCAGGUCUCGUCCACAGUCCGGUUCUGCCUCCCGCUCACACCCACAAGAUCACACCCCCCUGAGAGCUCCACACAGAACAAAACAACCUCCCUGAACCCCUCCGUCAGACCAGGACCCCCGUGGAACAACCCCAAAUGUUUGUCCCAGUGCGCUUGCUUGAAAUGGGCUUCUCAAUGAGACACAUCUACAGGGCCAUGGAGGCAGCAGGGGUCACUGGAGAGGUGGACUCACGCACCAUCGAGGUGUUGGCGAGCUGGAUGCUGGAACAUCCCAUCACAGAGGAGCAGCAGGCAGGAGAGGGCUCGUUUGCAGGGGGAGCCACUGAUACGCCCUCAUCUGAAGGGCCAGAGACGGUCCAGUGCCCUGAGUCUCCAGCUCCUCUGACCCUACAGGAGAGCAGAGAACCCAACGAGAGUCUGUUGGCAGGUUUGGACUUGGUGGAGAGAGAGAACUUCUUAGAUGUUCACCUCACCAGAAACAGACCUCCACCUGCGCGGAGGCAGCGGUCCGGAGUAAGUCAGAGAACUUCCUUCAGGAGAGCAGACUCCCCUUCACCCAGUCCUGUCCCAUCGCUGUACAGACAGGACGUGGGAGUGCCAGAGUGGCCAGAGCGGGCUGAAACGCACCCGUUUGCUGCUGAAGACGACUCAGAGCUGGGCUACAUGGAUGAUCCGUACCAGGAAGAACCGUAUGAGGAGUUGCUCACCCCAGAGUUCAUCACCUCUGAGAGGGACACGCUGUGGAUGGUAGAGGGAAGAGAAGAGCACCCAGAGCCCAAUGAGAUGGUGGAGUGUGAGCUGUGUAACACUCUCACCCUGCAGUUCAACAACCACAUGAAGCGUCACCACCCAGGCUGCGGUCAGAGCGCUGGUCGCUGUGGUUACCGCAGCAACGGGGCCUACGUGGACGGCUGGUUCGGAGGGGAAUGCGGAUCGGGCAGCCCAUACUACCUCCUGUGCAACGCAUGCAGGGAAAGGUACCUGGCCUCCAACCUGGGUGUUAUGAGCUCCAAACAGGACAGGGCAAGAGGUUUGGUGUCUGAUCUAAUUGGUCAGUUAGAUGGUACAUCAGAAGAUGAGUGGGAUCUAGGUAACCAGGAAGACUCGGACUCAGACCGGCUUACAGGUUUGGAGGACUUUGGGAUUCUUCUGAGACCUUUGGGUCUGAGUGAGAAGAAGCCCGUGCCCGACCCAAUCCCCUUCACUGAACACGACCCGCUCGGAGCCCUCGUCAGUGGCUCGGUCAGCGGCAACAACAACCUGCUUUACAAAGGUGUUGUCAGCACCGAGCUGAAGAGCUCCUCGGUUCCUCUGAGUCUCGGGGAGCAGGCAGCAUCCCUGCGGGAGUCCCAGGAGAGACUGUUGGCUCUAAGGAGAGUCACCUCCACCGCUCAGAUCCUGCUGGCCUACAGUAUGGUGAUGAGAGCUCUCUCACAGACCUCCACUAGUAGUUCGGUGUGUAAUCAGUCCAGUGGUCUGGAGGCUCUGGGUCUGGCUGACAUCCGUAUCCUGGUGCGGCUGAUGUGUCUGGCAGCAGGGGGGCGUGUCCACACAACUGUGCACCAGCAGGGAGUGGGCCGUGGCUUUGUGAGCGAUCGCACAGGCUCCGCCUUCCUGUCCUUCCUCAGCUCAGCUAUCGGCAGUUUAGUGUCCCACAGUCCUGCUGCCUACAGAGAGUUAGUGGACAUCUGCACUCAGGAUCUCAUGGCAGCAGCUACAGGGAUGAACAUCAGCGCUAUCACCGAUCCGCAGCAGAGGGUGAGGCAUAGCUUCGCCCUCAAGGGGGCGUCACAGGAGCCAAGAGAACUAACCCCGCCCACCUUCCUGGUCACACAGAGUCUGGUGUCUCUCCUGACAGAAAAGGGUGUCCGAUACCGUUAUAAUGUGGAAAGAAGUGAAUCCAAUGAAUCAAAGGGUAAAAAUAAUUAUAUUGUGAGCAGCUGCAGCUGGAAUGCAGAACAAGGGCUGUUAGCCACCGGCUCACAGGACGGGACCGUUCGACUGUGGGCCAUAACGCCAAACACAGCAGAACUACAGCACACACACACCUGCAGCGUCAGUGAGGAUGCUCAGAGCUCAGACGGUUCAAUGGGAUCUCAUCUGCUGUCGGCUGUAUCGUGGAGCACAGGGGGAUCUCUACUGGCUGCCUUCCAGAACAAAGUCCUCAACAUCUGGACCAUUCAUGGUACUCAGGCGCACAUCGAGGCUCAGCCCUCCUGGGUCACUGCGCUCUCGUGGGUUCAGACCUCCACUCCGUUCCUCAGUCAGGAAGCCUGCAGUCAGGUCAGCCCUCCUGAGAGUUUGCUGGUGGGCCGGCUGGACGGCUCCCUCUGCUGGCUGGAGGUCACAGAUGACUUGAGUGUGGAGCGAACAGAGCUCACUCACUGCUAUAGGAAAGAAGCACCUCAGUGUCUGGCCUGGUACAGUGUUGAUAAACCCUUUGCUGUGGGCUAUCCCGAUGGCAAAAUUCUCCUAGCAACAGCAGAAAGCUACGAAACUGACCCGCCCAUUCUGUUAACAGCAUUUCCUGAGAGUGUAAGUGCACUCAGGUGGGACCCGACCGGACAUCUGCUGCUGUCUGUGGGCCGCUCUGAGGUGGUGAAGAUCUGGGGUCGUGCCAGCGGUGCGUGGGUCACCCUCCACUCUCUGUUCCACGCGGGCACCGUCAACACCGCCGAGUGGUGCCCUCUGCCCGGGAGAGGGCCGGAGCCUCGUCUCGUGAUGGCAGUUGGAUGUCAAAAUGGCCUCCUGUAUGUGUGGACUCUUCCUCAAGGGGGCGCUAAUGUCUUAGUGCCCAAUUUCCUCACCCCAUCUACCAGCCAAGACAAGAGCAGCGCCAUCAAGCGGGGCAAUGCUAAAUGUGUGUUCCGCCUGAGUGGACACAUUACCGCAGUAAAAACCCUGUCUUUUUGUCCCAGUGGACUUGCACUGGUGUCUGGAGGAAUCGGAGGGGUGCUCAACAUCUGGUCUCUCAGAGAUGGUUCGGUCCUGCAGACUGUGGUUACAGGAAUGGGCUCUGUGGUUUGUACCACCUGGAUACCACACAUAGGGGUGACCGCUUGUUCUGGAAGAUCAAAGGAUGCUUUGCUAAUUCGCUGUACCCCAGACUGGAUUUCUCAGAAUCACGUUCUGGCCUCCUGCCGUUCCGUUCUACGAAGUCAGGGCAUUCUGGGAUUGAAUCGUGCCCCCUGCAUGGCCGUCUUUCUUGAACGCCUUCCCACACUGCUUCAGGAGCAGUACAGCUAUGAGAAGAGUCAUGUGAUGGCAGGCGAUCAGCUGACUCACAGCCCUUUUCUUCAGAGUCUGGCCACACUGGCCGUGGGUCUCUUCUUGGAUCAGUUACUGUGCCGUCAGCCCAGACCGCCUCACCACAGCGGGACAGGGCCAGAUCAGGACGGGGCACCUGGAUCCUUCUGCCCCUCAGAGUGGAACUGGCUUUCCAUUUAUUCAACCACAGUGAAGAGCGCAGAGGCGUUUGCUCGUGGCACCUCGUUCCCAGAAUCCUUCAUCGCACCUGAGUUCAAUCAUUCUGGAUCCACAGAGUUAACCAAACCACUGGACAACAGCAAAUGGACCUUCAUGAUGGAUGAACAGCUCAUGUCCUGGGCGACCAGCAGACCUGAAGACUGGCAGCAGGGUGGUAAAAGUGAGGUGUAUUUGUGGGGUAACGGACGUCACGGGCAGCUGGCAGAUGCCGGGACCAGCGCGUCUGUGCCCACCCUCGCUCCCUCGCUCUCUCAGACUCAGCAGGUGGUGUGUGGCCAGAACUGCACGUUCCUGGUUCAGGCUAACGGUACGGUCCUGGCUGUAGGGGAGGGCAGUUACGGACGACUCGGACAGGGUAACUCAGACGACCUCUACACCCCAACUGUCAUCUCAGCUUUACAAGGUUAUGUAGUGACACAGCUGGUGACAUCAUAUGGGUCUGAUGGCCACUCAUUGGCUCUCACCGAGACUGGAGAGGUGUUUAGUUGGGGUGAUGGGGAUUAUGGGAAACUCGGCCAUGGGAACAGUGAAAGGCAAAGGCGACCCAAACAGAUCGAGGCUCUGCAGGGAGAGGAAGUGGUGCAGCUGGCGUGUGGGUUCAAACACUCGGCCGCCGUCACAGCGGACGGAAAACUCUUCACCUUUGGCAGUGGAGAUUCUGGACGCUUGGGUCAAAGGUCAACUUCGAACAAGAUGGUCCCGGAGAGAGUUACAGCACUAGAUGGAUACCACAUUGGACAGGUGUCAUGUGGUAUCAAUCAUACUUUGGUCCUGUCAUCAGACGGCCUGACCGUGUGGGCUUUUGGAGACGGAGAUUAUGGUAAACUGGGUAUCGGACCAUGUACAGUGAAGUGCUACCCACAGAAAGUGGAGGCUCUUUGCAAUAAAGGCAUUAAAAAGGUUGGAUGUGGAACACAUUUCUCAGUGGUUCUGGCCAAAGAUGGACACGUCUACACAUUCGGCCAAGAGCGUCUGAUAGGUCUGCCGGACUCCAUGCUGAAGAAUCACAACCGGCCACAGAUCAUUCCGGCUUUGGAAGGCGUCUUCAUUGAGGACAUUGCUGUUGGGUGCGAGCACAUCCUUGCUUUAUCCAACACCGGAGACGUGUACGCAUGGGGCUGCAACUGUGAGGCCCAGCUGGGUCUGGGCCAUUCCAAUCCCGUCAAAGAACCCACUCUGGUUACUGCUCUACAGGGCAAGAACAUCAGGCAGAUCUCGGCUGGACGCUGUCAUACCUCGGCCUGGACCACACCAGCUCUGUCAACCAGAGCUUCAGGUUGUUCAGGGAUACAGCUGGGUCUACCUCAAUCUGUGCCUCCGCAGUAUAAUGCCCUCAAAGACUUCAGCCCUGAAGUGUUAAACACCCGUCUCAGAGUGCUGUACCACUUCUCUGAUCUUAUGUACAAGUCCUGGAGGCUUCUGAACCUUGACCCCCGCAGUCAGGUAAAUGCUUCCCGCUACAGCUCAGGUACUGCUGCCAUAGUGCAGGGCCAACUCAGAGGCCUGCUGUCCCCGAAAGUCAACACCCUUCCUCUUGUUCGCACUAUCGGCAGAACCAUGACGCAGGGAAAGACCUACGGCCCCCAGAUUACAGUCAAACGGAUCUCCACCAGGGGGCGCUCUAGCAAGCCCAUUUUUGUGCAGAUCGCCAAGCAGGUGGUGAACCUGAACCCUACUGAGCUGCGUCUCCCCUCCAGAGCAUGGAAGGUGAAACUGGUCGGAGAGGGGGCAGAUGACGCCGGUGGUGUGUUUGACGACACCAUCACUGAGAUGUGCCAGGAGUUGCAGUCUGGUGUGGUCGAGCUUCUCAUUCACACUCCUAACAGCACUGCAGAUGUUGGUAGCAACACGGACAGGUUCUUGCUGAACCCAGCAGCAGUCUCAGAUGAUCACAUGGUGCAGUUUCGCUUCUUGGGGAUCCUAAUGGCAGUGGCCAUACGAACCAAAAAGCCCUUGGAUCUGCACCUGGCACCAUGGGUGUGGAAACAGAUGUGCUGUAUUCCUCUGGGAGUCGCCGACCUGGAGGAGGUGGACCUGCUCACAUACCGCUCACUUCAGGGCAUCUUACACCUGGACAAUAAUAGCGUGAUCAAUGAAGAGAACUUCACAGUGAUGAUCCCUCUGGACUCGUUUGUGGCGCACAGUGCUGAUGGCACAUUGGUUCCAAUGAUUCCUGGUGGGCAUAAUGUCCCUCUGACAUUCUCCAACAGGAAUGAUUAUGUGGAGAGAGCUCUGCACUACAGACUUCAUGAGAUGGACAGACAGGUGGCAGCAGUGAGGGAGGGCAUGUCCUCAAUCAUCCCAGUCCCGUUGCUUUCUCUGCUCACGGCUCGACAGCUGGAACAGCUGGUGUGUGGCCUCCCCGAGGUCUCCGUGGAGAUGCUGAAGAAGGUGGUACGAUACCGUGACAUUACCGACAGCCACCAGCUCAUUGGCUGGCUGUGGCAGAGCCUUGAGGAAUUUACCAAUGAGGAGAGAGUCCUGUUCCUGCGCUUCGUGUCCGGACGUUCCAGACUGCCAUCUAAUCUGGCAGACAUCACACAGAAAUUUCAAAUCAUCAAAGUUGAUCGACCUGUGAACGGCCUUCCUACGGCCCAGACGUGCUUCUUUCAGUUGCGCCUUCCUCCCUACACGAGCCAGGCCAUACUAGCCGAGCGCCUACGCUAUUCCAUUCACAACUGCCCCUCCAUAGACAUGGACAACUACAUGCUGUCGCGCAACACUGACCCAGCGGACGGCUCUGAUACCGAGUACUGACACGACGCCUGCAAAAACAAAUGCUAUUACACUACAAAGCACAAAAUAAUCUCAUAAAUGCCUCCGGUUGCACUUCUUCCUCAAACAUGCAAUACAAUUCUCAGUCACUAAACCUCACGUACGUACUCUCUGCGGUACCCAGAGUGCACGGCAGAUGCCUGUUCUUCCACAAGGUCAAAAAGAGAAUAUUUAAGCAAUUAAAUUCUUUAUUUAUUCAUGUUUGUAUCAUCUUCGUGUCUCUGAAUGUUGGGUGAAAAUUCUUAAAACUAAAAAAUAUUACAAUACCGUUACAAGCGCCGUGCCUGGAAUGGUCGCAAGGUUUCUUCUCUUGGCGUUAGCGACAGAAACUGGGGACGGUUCGUAGGUGAGCACUUGGCAGCUAGCUUCCUGUCCCAGUUUAUGCCAAAGGCUAUUAAACUACUAUUCUGUACUGUACAUGAUACCUUCUGACUCAGUGAAAAAAAAAAAAAAAAAAAGUACUGUGAGUCUGAGAAACAAGUCCCAGAGCAGUCGUCGUUUGGGCAUUUGUAUCAAACUAGCUUGUAUCUUAAAUGAAUGUAUACUUGCAAAUGCCAUGCACGUGUGCACUCUUUUAUUUGCCAAAUACUGUACUGAUGCUGUACAUUACAUAGGAUUUAAUGAAUUUUAGCCUUUUUUUUUGCAACUGUGAAACAGCGCGUGGAGGCGUUUGGUGAUUUUUGUGUUCCUCUGUGCAUUCUCACAGAGCGAGAGUGCAGGUUUGUCACGCUAUGCUGAUUGGUCACCAGUGUUAUUAUGUGCUUCGGGCUGGAUGUAAACAUGUUUUGACUGUUUUUACUGGUGUGUUUGAUAGAGGAGAGUCCCUCUUUACUCUCGAACCUUCUGUAUGCGGUGGUUUACAGUACUGGUAAAUUAUUAUUAUUUGUUGUUUUCCUAUAAUAUUUAUCUGAGUGAGUUCUAUGUGUUGGAAAGACGACUAAUGAGGACUAAUACGGCUCUUGCGCUGUUUUGCACUUUAGAUCUUUAUGCAUUGCGCUUUAGCAUAAGAGGAACAUCGUAUUCACUAAAAUAUUUACAGAUUUCUGACUAAUUUAUCUAAUAGAGAUUCUCCUAACCCGAGCCACUAAUGAAAUAAACUUCUUGGCUGAUUUCUUUAUGGAAGUAUCCUGAACUAACUUUAACAUUAAAGAUUACUUAAAGGCUGAUUUGUUAGGCUACGAUAUGGUGGUAUUUGUUGAUGCUCAAAUUUCAGAUUAAGCCAUAAAACAAAAACAAUUCAAGAAGUCUCCUUAAACUGUAUGAUAUUUUAUGGCGAUGACCUCUCAAAUGGAAGAUACACUGUACUGUAAAUUAAAUUUUGUGUACAGAC